AAUUUUAUUCCUCUCCUCGUUCUUCACGUGCACAACUUUUUUUGCAUCAUGCUAUCAAUUCUUAGUUUUAAUUAGGUAUUCAAUUUAAUUAAUUUUUUUAGUCUGUACUCUUCAUUAAUUAGUGAUCUAGUCUUCUUGACAGAUAAUUUUUAAAGUUGGGACAUGUUGUUCCGAAUCGUGUCCCGGUUUUCUUCCUCCACAGGAAAAUUACUUCAGUGGAAUUGUUCGCGAAAUUAUGCCAAAUUCGUAAAUACUGGCCAACAACAUUAUGACCUCGAGAAGAUCAGGAAUGUCGGUAUUUCGGCGCAUAUCGACAGUGGGAAGACCACCGUGACGGAGAGGAUUCUUUUUUAUACGGGGAGAAUUGAUGAAAUGCACGAGGUCAAAGGAAAGGAUAAUGUUGGCGCAACGAUGGAUUCAAUGGAAUUGGAGCGACAAAGAGGCAUCACAAUCCAAUCCGCGGCGACGUACACGGUCUGGAAAGACACCAACAUUAACAUUAUCGAUACUCCUGGUCAUGUCGACUUUACCGUUGAGGUGGAGCGUGCUUUACGAGUAUUGGACGGAGCUAUACUUGUCCUUUGUUCAGUGGGAGGAGUGCAAAGUCAAACGAUGACGGUGAAUCGACAAAUGAAGCGAUAUUCCGUCCCGUGCCUCGCCUUCAUAAAUAAAUUGGACAGAAUGAGCGCAAAUCCGGCCAGGGUGUUGGGACAAUUAAGGUCAAAAUUAUUUCACAAUGCGGCAUUUCUCCAUUUGCCUAUUGGACUGGAGUCAGAGUUCUCUGGUAUCGUGGAUGUCAUUGAGAAGAAGGCUCUGUACUUCGAAGGCGAUUUUGGGGAAACUAUUCGAGAAGAUGAAAUUCCACAAGAUAUGAGACAACAAACGGAAGAUUGUUAUAAUGAACUGGUUGAGCACGUGUCCAACGUGGAUGAACAACUGGGUGAAAUAUUUCUUCAAGAGAAAACACCUACAAAGGAGGAAUUAAAAGCCGCUAUACGUCGUGCUACUUUGAAAAGAGAAUUCACACCGGUGUUGCUUGGUUCAGCCUUGAAAAACAAGGGUGUGCAGCCCUUACUUGACGCGGUUUUGCAAUAUAUGCCCAAUCCUUCAGAAGUGAAGAACUAUGCUUUUUCCCACGACGCUACUAAAGAUGAUUCGGCGAGUAAAACAAAAAUUCUAAUGAGUCCGGAGCGAUCAAGCAAAACCUCAUUCUGUGGCCUUGCCUUCAAACUGGAAGCUGGGAGGUUUGGUCAACUAACUUACGUCAGAGUGUAUCAAGGAAUGCUUAAAAAGGGUGAAAAUAUUUUCAACACGAGAACCGGAAAGAAAACAAAAAUUCCAAGGCUGGUUCGGAUGCAUGCGAACCAAAUGGAAGACGUGAAUGAAGUAUAUGCAGGAGAUAUUUGUGCACUAUUUGGCGUAGACUGUGCCAGUGGUGAUUCAUUCGUGACAGAGAAGGAUUUAGAAAUCUCGAUGGAAUCUAUUUUUGUACCGGACCCAGUUAUUUCAAUGAGUAUCAAACCAAAGGAUUCAAAAGAUAUUGACAAGUUUUCUAAAGCAGUUGCAAGAUUUACGAAGGAAGACCCAACCUACCACAUUAACUACGAUGUUGAUAAUAAAGAAACAAUUGCAUCUGGAAUGGGAGAGCUACAUUUGGAAAUUUAUGCACAGAGGAUGGAGAGGGAAUACGGGUGUCCAGUCGUCAUGGGCAGGCCAAAAGUUUCAUUCCGUGAAAGCAUCGUUAGUCCGUGUGAAUUCGACUUCCUUCAUAAGAAGCAGAGCGGAGGUUCUGGACAAUUUGGACGCGUUAUUGGAUAUCUCGAGCCACUUCCCCCAGAAGAAAAUACAAAGGUUAUUUUUUGCGACGAGACCGUAGGAACUAAUGUCCCAAAGGGAUUUAUCCCUCAUAUUGAGAAGGGUUUCCGAGCUUUUUGUGAGAAGGGUUACUUGACUGGGAAUAAAAUAUCUGGCGUCAAAUUUCGACUCGUUGAUGGCCAAGCUCACAUGGUGGAUUCCAACGAAAUUUCCUUCAUUUUAGCUGCUCAAGGGGCAAUGAAACAAACUUAUGAAUUUGGGGCCUGGCAAGUCCUGGAACCAAUUAUGGCUGUGGAAAUUACAGCCCCAACCGAGUUUCAGGGCUCCGUCAUGGGACAAGUCCAAAAACGGAAGGGGAUCAUAACCGGGACCGACGCCACCGAGGGAUGGUUCACCGUUAAUGCAGAAGUUUCUCUAAAUGCAAUGUUUGGAUUUUCUUCCGAACUUCGAUCUAUGACCCAAGGCAAAGGAGAAUUUUCCAUGGAAUAUUCAAGAUACAGCCCUGCCGAGAUGGACGUGCAACAACAAUUGGUAGAUCUACAUCAACAAAGUCUGCACCCUAAUCAACAAGCAAAAAAGAAGAAAAAUUAAUGCCCAAGAAUGAACUCUGUUUACUUAUUUGUUGACUUUAUUUCUUUGGAGUAAGUUUUUUAAGCCAACUUAUGUGCAGUAAAUAAUCUGCACAUAAGUUACUACCAGGUUAUUGUUAUUGUUGGAUAAGCAUCAUUAGAUAAUCUUUAUUACGUAGCGUUACUAGCUAAUCUGUAUGACAAGUAUAAAUGAAUAAUACGUCACACUGAGCAUGUGACCCUAGUCGAAAACAAAAUA